GCUUAUUACAGUUAUCAAGCAUAACCUGAAAAACUUGUUUAUCUUUAAUAUCAAUUUCACUUCUGGCAAAGCGGGAAGGGCCUAGAAUAAAAAUUAAAUUUUUAUGUAUUAUUUCAUAUUCAAUUUUUUAUGUUUAGUCAGUAAAGCAAUAGCUGUUUCACAGGAGUUAACAUUGUUUUUGCUAAGCCAAACUUGAUUUGUAUUUGUGAAGAUAAUUUUGGUUUUAGGUUAAUUUCAAAAUGAUAUUCCGCUACAUAUAUUUGUUAGAAUAAAUAAUUUUACAUUCGUGACAUUCUAUUUUUCAUGGAACGCAUUUAAAACAUUAUAAGCACCUAAAAAGAUAUAAUUUACGUCCGCUGCUCACACACAAGAAAACACAUACGUCAUACGUAAACAUGCAGGUGCACAGACGAACUGUCGAAUACACAUAAACGAAGACAAAAUGAAAUCUACCCAGGUGGAUGUUGAUGGAAUCCUACGUUCUCUGGGACAAACCGGUUUUUUCCACACCAGUCAGUGCAUCUUGAUUUGUGCAUCUCUACUUGUAGCAUCGGCAAAUAGUUUAUUCUAUAUAUUCUACGCCAUCACACCCGAAUACAGAUGUAACAAUCUAACAGAAUUUCAGCUGAAUCAAUACAAUAUAUCAAUCAAUGAAGUAAGUCUAAUAUAUGAUAAAUGCUCCAUAGACAUCAUCAACAGCAAUGAAGAGAGUACUACCAAACACCAAACUCUGGACUGCCUCAAUGGUUAUUACUAUACCACUCCAGUGGAUAAGUCUAUAGUCUCACAGUGGGACUUGCUCUGCAACAGCGUAGGAUUGGCUGAAUCAACUCAGACUUUUUACACUUUUGGUCAAAUGGUUAGUGGUCUGUUAGCACCAUGUUUGAUAGAAAAAUUCGGACGAAAAUCUAUGAGAGUGACAAGUCAUAUCUUGCUGUUAAUUUUCAACUUAAUCGCCGCAUUUUCUCCGUAUUAUUGGUUGUUUACAACUAUGAGAUUUUUUAUUGGAGGAGCUCGUGAGCUAUAUUUUCUUAGCUCCCUUGCUCUGGUAUGCGAGCUAUACCCACAGGAAAAACGUAUCAUUAUGUCUGGUAUAUUUAUGUGUACCUGGGGACUCUUUGGUUCUUCUCUUGGGUUGAUAGCCUACCUGUUAAAAGAUUACAGUUGGAACAUGUUAUUCCUGUUUAAUACUGUCAUCUCAGGAUACUUUCUAGUGGAUUUCUUUUUCCUGAAGGAAUCUAUCCGUUGGCUAUUUGCCAACUCGAAAGUAAAAGCAGCCGAAAAAAUUAUCAAACAAGCAGCAAAACAGAACAAAGUCGACUUUGAUAAUAUCUGGAGCAUGACUUCAGAAAAUACUUCGCAAGAAGUUGAUGGACACAUGAAAGAAACCACACUUGAGUGCCGAAAUGGUAACUCCAAAGUCCAACAAGAUGUCACAAAUGUUGUCCAACAUAAACAACUACAAACCGAAAAGGAAUCCUCACUGCCUGUCAAGUUACUUGCUAUCUUUAAAUCACCUUAUCUGAGGAAAGUAACCAUCGUUGUGUCUAUAGAACGUGCUGUAAAUGUAGGUUCAUGGAACAGUGUUUUUCAAAUGAUGGAAGUUUUUGCUGGCAACAUCUAUCUCAACUCUUCUGUGGUGGCCUUAUUUGAUGUAUUUGCUAAUGGAAUUUACUCUGUGCUAGCAAGAAGAUUCGGUCACAAAAUAUCCCUACAAAGUUUAAAGAUACUUUCUGCCACGUGUGUCAUCUCUGUUUCGCUGAUAAAAAUAUUGGCAGAGAGCAGUAAAACAAUGGAAUAUGUCAUUCUCGGUUUGUAUGUUUUGGCCGCCGCUGGACUGAAUGCUGCUUCCUGUGGUGAUUACAUUUACACCUCAGAACUCUAUCCUACACAAAUAAGAAGUGUUGGAAGUGGUUUUGUUACAACUUUUACACGCCUUGCAUGCAUGGCAUCACCUUUCCUCAAACUCGUGGCUUUGGCAACUCCGUGGGCUCCUGGGAUUAUCAUAGGAACUGGAUGUAUAUUUUCUUCAAUUUUGCUCCAAAUACUUUUACCAGAAACAGGAAACCGUGUCUUACCUCAGACGAUUGAAGAUGUGAACAUGAUGCAGAAGAAAAAGAAGAAGAAUAUGAAAAUUGAAACUAUAUCGUAAAGACAAUAAGAUAAUCACUAUAGUUUGCCGUAAUCUCGGCCAGCAAGAUUAGUUUCAUUAGAAAUUAAAAAUGUGAAAUAUAUGCUGGAGUGACGUAAAUGCAUACAUACAGACUGACCGAUAGAUAGAUGGACACAUACAUACGUGCAUACGCACAUAUAUGUAUAUAUAUGUAUAUAUAAAUCAUAGGGUAGCAAAGAAUUUUAGAGAAAUUCUUUGCUGCCAGUGGUCUAGCGAGAAGAAAAUACUAGUCAAUACACUAUAUAUUAUUCAUAUAAAAGUAUAGUGUACAUUUAAACACAUAAGAGAUGGCCAUAACUGACUCUUUCUAGCGAGUCAGAUGUCCUGUCAUGGCCAUCUCUAAUGUGUUUAAAUUUACACUAUAUACAUAUAUAACAGACGCCAUGAUAGAUCGUUAGCCACUACUCACAUUUUUUCUCUCC